AUGAGUGAGGGACUAUCAGAAGAUCCAAAACAGAAAUGGGAGCCGCGAUUUCUGAUACUAAAGGGUGGAGAUGUGUGCUUGUUCGAAAGCCCACCGCUAAGUUCUGAAGACUUGAACAAAUGCCUUUAUCUGUACAAAAGCUAUGAUGUUGCCAUCAAACAGGUCCCUAACGAUUCUCGCCGACUAGAUAAACGAGAAAACUGCUUUUACUUGGAAACUUGUAUGGCUGAUGGAACAAGACACUAUCUUUCGUUUGAAACCCCUCAAAUGUUAGAAGCGUUCGAAACUGCUUAUCAUAAAAGUGUUUAUGCUACCGUCAUAGCUAUGCAGACGCGCACAUUCGCUUGCAGUUAUGAGGGCCGCCCGAGUGGAUUGGUUUUGGACAUCAAGCAAGGAAUUAGUCUCUACGAUAUUCCAACAAAAGUAAGUAAUUUGUGCUAAAU